AUGUUCCGCAAGAUCUUCUCUGUACGAACAAUGCGUCAACGCAUAACACCUAGCGCCCAACCCAUGUCGCGAUUCGACAGUCUCCGUCCAAAUACUCUCGACGCUGUUGAAGCUUCAAACGCCGAAACCGAAGAAGGUUUCGGCUUCAUAGUCGCCUACUCAACUUUCCACCCGUGCUCAACGCGUCCCCUUUCUUUUCCGCUAUGCAGCGGGAUGGUAACGCCAAUGCCUACAGUAUUGGAAUCCACGUCUCAAAAAAAUGACAUGAAGGAGACUAUGAAGGAUAGUAAGAGAGAGAAAGAGGAGGGUGUGGAGGAAGUAGCCUUUAAACCAUGGCCAUACUCCCUCCCGUCAUGGCUUCGACCAAAAGCUAGUACAACCUUUUCACUCAUGAGCGACAGGACCCUUCCGAUUUCUGCUGUAGUAGAUUCUGAGCGCACAGGCGUUCUACAGUUCAUUCUCUACGGUGUCCCGAAUCCAGAACGCUUCUCUUACAGCCAGGAACUAGUGGCGCCGGGUAGUCUUUUGCAUAAGGUUCUCCAUGGGAUCAAGGAGAUGGAUGAGUGUGAGGGUACUGUUGCUAGUGUCACCGUUGUCGAAAGUGAGAACGUAGACUUGGGCGAGGAGAAAAUCAAGAAGGAAGAAGAUGAGGCCAUAGUGGUGAAGGGUAUUCAGAGCAAGGUUACAGUGGAAGAUGUGCUGGAGAAGAAUAAUCAUAUGGGGCAUGGGAUGAUAGCGAAGCAGCGCUUAGCUCCUUCUCAGAAUUUAACUUAUGAUAAGCACAGUGCAUGUAAAUAA